CUAUCUCCGUCAGCCUCUUGAUGUGAUUGGUUCUCCGGAUUGCUCCGGAGAAGAUGGCGGCGGUGAGAGCAGUAAGGAGCUGGAACCGGUCAUUAGGCCGUUUGGUCAAUUUCUGGGACCUGAGUUCAAACAGCAGGAUUCCAUUGGUCAGAUUAUCACACCACCUCCCGUCUCACUCUGGAGUCCUGCGCAGUUCACACUACAGGCUAUUCAGGACUGCAUCUGUUUUGAAUGGUAAGAUUUUGCAGUUCAAGCUCUCGGACAUUGGAGAAGGGAUCACAGAAGUUACUGUAAAAGACUGGUAUGUGAAGGAAGGUGAUACUGUGUCCCAGUUUGACAGUAUCUGUGAGGUUCAAAGUGACAAAGCUUCAGUGACCAUCACCAGUCGCUAUGAUGGUGUUAUCAGAAAGCUGCAUUACAAUGUGGAUGACAUUGCGCUGGUGGGAAAGCCUCUUGUAGACAUUGAAACAGAAGUUGUGAAAGAUGUGACACCUGAGGAAGAUGUUGUGGAAACCCCUGCAGUGUCUCAUGAAGAACACACACAUCAAGAAAUAAAGGGACACAAAACUCUGGCCACUCCAGCUGUCCGACGACUAGCAAUGGAAAACAAUAUAAAACUUAGCGAAAUUGUCGGUACUGGGAGGGAUGGUCGCAUCCUUAAAGAAGACAUUCUUAGCUUUUUAGCCAAGCAGACUGGGGCCAUACUACCUCCCUCUCCCCAACUGGAAAUCAUACCUCCUCCCUCAAAAACAGAGACUCCCAAGACUGCUGAGCGAGAGAAACUCACCAGAACUCCUGCUGCUCUCACCAAACCUACAGUAUUUACUGGAAAGGAUGUCACCGAACCUUUGAAAGGGUUCCACAAGGCCAUGGUAAAGACUAUGUCCGCAGCCCUGAAAAUUCCUCACUUUGGGUAUUGUGAUGAGGUGGACAUGACAAAGCUUGCUGAGCUUAGGAAGGAUCUAAAACCUAUUGCUGAGGCUCGUGGUGUUAGUCUGUCCUUCAUGCCCUUUUUCCUGAAGGCAGCAAGUAUGGGUCUGCUACAAUACCCGAUACUCAAUUCAUCACUGGAUGAGGCCUGCCAGAACAUAACCUACAAGGCAUCUCAUAAUAUUGGGAUUGCUAUGGACACGCAACAGGGCCUUAUUGUACCGAAUGUUAAAAAUGUACAAGUACGAAGUAUCUUUGAGAUUGCUGCAGAGCUGAACCGUUUGCAGAUGUUGGGGUCCACUGGACAGCUUGGGGCAGGAGACCUGACUGGUGGAACAUUUACCCUAUCCAACAUUGGAUCGAUUGGGGGAACAUAUGCAAAACCUGUUAUACUACCUCCAGAAGUGGCAAUUGGAGCCGUUGGAAAAAUACAGGUUCUUCCAAGGUUUGAUGCCAAGGGCCAGGUGGUGAAGGCUCAGAUCAUUAAUGUUAGCUGGUCAGCGGAUCAUAGAAUUAUUGAUGGUGCAACUAUGUCCCGAUUCUCCAAUCUGUGGAAAUCCUACCUAGAGAACCCAUCUUCCAUGCUUAUGGAUCUAAAAUGAGAAUGGCAUUGACUCAUGGGUACUGCAGAGAUGGGAAUGGCACAAUCUUCCAAUUUUUGGACACCGACUUCUCCUGCCCAUGGAGACUACUUCAGCCUGCAGUCCCAGACAAACUAAUAGGGAGCAGUAUUUCUACGUCAAGGAAGGCUAAUCCAAAAUAAGAUAUCCUGAAAUUCUAAUCCUUUCUCUACCAGAGCAGCCGUGAUUCAAAUACAGUAGGAUUGCUAGGUAAUACAUGCAUAUGGUGGUGAAGGGCUUAAUGUGAUCAGCGGUUUCUCAAGUGUAGUGAAACUGUGAAAACCAUGUACAUGCAAGAUUUCGAAGAGUGAAAAGAGCAGAGGUAGCUGGCAGGAUCCUGUGUUUGAUAUCUUGUUAUCCUGCAAAGCAAUACUAUGCCAUACUGCAGCUGUAUUGGAAAUCAUGUUUAAAUCAGUGCGGAUCUAAUUAUUGUGAUGAUCUAGCACAAUAACAGUAAACACAAGAGGCCUGAUGCAACUGGCAGGGAAAAGAUAAGAUUAUAAUGUGGUUUUUUUUUUCCCCCCCUGGUUAUAUUGGGGCAUAUUAUCAAGUGGACUUGGGAGCAAUAGCGACCUUGAGGUCAUGGGUCCAUGGGUCAAUAUAUGCGGAUGACAUCUUUCACAAAAGACUCUUUCUGACUGUUACACUACAUAAAGAUCGAUACUUACUAUGAUUUGUGCAGAUUACAUGUAUGUUUCAGAAAAUGAAAACAUUUUUAAAUUGUUGUCCUGGGCAAAAGACAUUUACACUCCACCAACCCAACCAAUACUGCUGAAAUUUGACUUUGCAUAUUAAUAAAAACUGGGAUUAUUGGCA